AACUCGAGGACUGGAGACGGGGAGAGGAUCACCCGGCACAGGAUCACCCGGGAGAGGACCACCCGCUCGGCCGAGGAGCCCCCACACCGCGGGGGGAGAUGCUCAGCACGACCCGCUCCGUGGGCAGCAGCACUUAAAGAGCUGCCGUCCAUCCUCCGGGACACUUUUAGAUCUAUUUUCUUCCCUUCUCCUCUGAUAAGAAGCCAGUUGGAGUCCGGCUUUUGUAUCUCAACGCAGUUUUUUAGUUUGGACACGAUGUGGAGAACGGGGACCUGGACCUGGACCACCCUGAUCCUGCUGCUGCUCUCUGCGCUCUGCGCGUCCGGAGAGCUCCGGCAGGACACGGACUCCCGGAGACUCCCCCCGCCGGGGAAGUUGGACUUCGGUUAUGUGCCCGCGGGAGUUUACGAGACGCUGGCCCACUACGAACCGGGACCUAUAGGGAUUCUCUUCCACUUUGUGCACGCUUUUUUGCACGUGGUGCAGCCCAACGCGUUCCCGCACGAUCUUAUCGUGAAACUGGCAAAGGACAAGUUUGGAGCCAUUCAGACGGAAUAUCAGAAGCCAGAGAACAUAGUGCUGACCCUUCAGGCCAUCUACUACGAGAUCGGCUUCCUGGUGUGUGCAGCCGUGGGCCUGCUGUUCACCGUCCUGCUGCCGAUCGUCGGGCUCUUCUUCUGCAUGUGCCGCUGCUGCGACAACUGCGGCGGCGAGAUGCACCAGCGCCAGAGGAAGAACGCAGACUGCCGCCGCGGCCUGCUGGGAACGCUGCUCUUCUCCACCUCACUCGUCGUCACGAUUGGAGUGCUGUGUGCAUACGCCGCCAACCAGAACUUGAGCUCGCAGGUGAAGAACAUACGACGACUCGUCAACAGCAACAUGAGGGACCUGCACACCUUCGCAAAUGACACGCCGAUGCAAAUUGAUUACCUUAUAUCUCAAUACGCCACAGCCAAGAACAAAGUCAUCUAUGACCUAGAUAACAUAGGUCCCCUGCUGGGUGGAGCGAUACAUGAACAGUUGAGUAAGGAGGUCCAACCUGCCUUGGACCAAGUGCUCAACAUGGCUGGAGUGAAAAUCCAGAGAGCCAUCAAAGCCAUGCGAGAAACCAAGGAGGCCCUGGACAAUAUCAGCGUGUCUCUGGUGGUUCUCCAAGAAGGAACGGGAAAACUCAGCUUCGAUCUGAGUCAAGUGCGCAGCGAUAUCAACAGCACCCUGGACGACCCGGGCUGUCACGACGAGGAAUCCGACGCCACCACGGCACAACUGUGCCGCAAUAUUCGCCAGUCACUGUCCCAGCUGAGGAUUAGUGCCAACUUCACACGGCUACGUAAUGUGAACCCUCAGCUGGAAAAUGUGAACGAUGUACUGAAAACAGAUCUCAGCGCUAUCGUCCAGAGGGGCUUCUCCUCUUUGAAUGACACGCCACACAUGGUCGUUGAACAAACCAGAAGUGUUGUUAACAAUGUGCAGAACCUGGUGGACGGUAUUGGCAACAACAUCAGCAGCUUUUCCAAAGCCUUUCCGGUGCAGACUUGCCUCUCCAACUUCACCAUCUUCAUCAGUCACGCACAUGCAAAGAUUGAGGACCAUUACCCUGAAAUAGACAAGAUGGACUUCUACAGGUGGAUUGGAUGUAUCAGUCUGUGCUGCAUGGUGGUCCUGGUGCUGGCCUUCAACUAUCUGGGCCUGUUGUGUGGAACACUGGGAUAUGACAAGCAUGCCUCCCCCACAACACGAGGAUGCAUCUCUAAUACGGGGGGAACGAUGCUUGUGGCCGGCGUUGGAUUUAGCUUCAUUUUCUCCUGGGUGCUGAUGGGAGUGGUGACGGCCAUCUUUCUGGCUGGAGGCAACAUGGAGAAACUUCUUUGUGAGCCAUUCCACACCAAGGAGCUCUUCAAGGUUGUGGACACCCCAUUUCUGAUCAACCCGGAGUGGAGGAACUUCAUUCCUGGUUACAUGUACAACGACUCUGACCUGGAGCUGACUGCAGAGAGCUUAUACAGUACUUGCAAAGAGAACAAAGGCAUCUAUUCUGCCAUGCGUCUGGACAAGAUCUUCAACAUCUCUUCUUUCCUGAACACCACCAUGUUCACCAAGGAUGUGGUGGAUCAGCUGGGGAGCGUCAACAUCGACCUGCGGGGGAUAAUCCUGUUAGAGGCCGAGGGAAAGCAGAACCUGCGAGAUUUCUCUGAGGCAGGGCUGUCGGAGAUCAACUACGCCGACUACCUGGAAGAGGUGAAUAAAGGAAUCACUGUGACGGAUGUGCUCUCAUUCAGCAGAGAACUGGAGUCCCAGACAGACCUUAUGCCCAGGGGUCCUCUGCAGACAGCUCUGAAAAGACACAUUGGUACUCUGCAGCAGAUCCACAGACAACAGAUCAUCCCUAUGGAACAAGCCAUGAAAUAUGUUAGAGCGAGGAACGCGUUGAACCAGAGCAUGAGGUUCCUGGAGAGAACGGCCUCAGAUCUCCCGAACAAAGUCUUGGCUGUUCUCAACGCCAUUGAAACCGCCCAGUACCUCAUCUCCCACAACGCCACGCUUUUAAUCAAUCAGGAAACGAGGAAAUAUACAGCGAUCAUUAUCGGCUACUUCCAUCAAUACAUAGAAUGGGUCAAAACAUCUUUGGCAAUGGACGUGGCAUCAUGCAAGCCCUUCAGCAACAUUCUGGACACGGCGGAAAUCAUGACCUGCAGUUUCUUGGUGGACUCUAUGAACACUUUCUGGAUGGGCCUCGGCUGCAGCACUCUCUUCCUGCUCCCGAGCAUCAUCUUUGCGGUGAAACUUGCAAAGUACUACCGGCGGAUGGACACGGAGGACGUUUACGAUGACAUUGAGACAAUUCCUAUGAAAAAUAUGGAAAUGGGUAAUAAUGGUUAUCAUAGUGAGCAAGGUAUACCCAAUCUUAUGAUGACAAGCAUCCCUACCUAUGACACCAUGAACAGGUUCCCGCGGGCCUCGGCUCCUCCGAGGCACAUCGACUGGUGACGGAGAGAGAGCCGCUUCUUGUUCUGGCUCCCGAAAGCUUGUUUUAGUGCUCUGCUGCUCGCAGGAAAACCAUUAUGUGCCCUCGAAAACUGGAACUGAAGUACACAACAGCUGGAAGAAGCUCAAAAAAGCGGGUUUCCUCAAAACAGAUGAAGGACUCCAAGUCACCAGGUUUUCAAUACCAAUCAACUGAACUUUCUGGCUGCAGUCUUCAGGGCGGUUGCUGGCUGCAGGACAUCAAACUCUUCUCCCCUCAGCAUCAAUCUGAGCCAAGCUUGUUCUGCAUUUUUCAAGAACUGCUGUGUCUGCGUUUACAUUUCUUUGGAUACAAAACCAAGCUGGAAAAAGAAAAAAAAAAAACAUUAAGAAGACUUGAUCUGUGAUUUCAUGUACAUAUUCUGGGUGAAGAAAACAUUUGAAGGUCACCGCAAGCUGAGAGGAUGCUCGUUUUCUUCCUGUAAUUAAAAUUGAUGUUACACCCUCAAGUCAAGCUAAUAAAGAUGACAGCUGCAGCUUUCACACAUACUUCUGAACUACGUGUGAGAUGAGAGAUGUGUCAGCUUAAUGAAUAAAAACGUUACCGUUUCAACAAAGAGGUAAAAACACAGAGACAGAUUUGGUUUUUUGUCAGAAAUAUUUACAUGAUUUUUAUUUUUUACUGUUUACAAUAUUACAUUUGAGUUUCUUUUUACUGGUCUGAGACAAGUACAAGUGACUGGUUGCCUUUGAGAUUCAUGUUUCACCCUGAUAUUUUACAGAUAUGCUCUUAAGAGAGAAAAUGCUAUUGAAAGCUUCUAUACGACUGGAAAUCUCAAACUGAAGAACGGUGGUGUCGUGGUGCGUUUGGAGACAAGAAAAAGGACUCCUCCCCUUCUGAUCAUUUUUCUCUCCACCUGUGCCAUAUACAUUGUGCCAGGUGUUAAUUUUAUGAAUUUUAUAGUCUUUAUAAAGAAGGACAGCAAAAGAGGAGAAGAGUUAUUUGAAUAGAUUCACCAAAUCCAGACCAAUGCACACUUUUUUUAUUUAGGUUUUCUCUGUUCAGUUAUUCCUCAAUCACAUUAAGGAAAAAAGAAAUGUUUCAUUUUAUCAUUUAUCACAGGAGUGCCAAUGAUAUGACACCAAACAACAAAGAAAUCACACCAUAAUUAUAGCCACAGUGUAAACAUUUUGAGUGGAUUUUCUCUAAAUGAUCAAAUUUGACCACCGCCCAUUAUUAGACACUGGUAAAAUUGUGGCUUUUUUUUUUUAAAGAUCCUAUUGUGAUUAACUGAUUUGUAACACUAUAGUGCUGCUGACUUCACUAACAUUUUUACAGAGCUCUUUUCCUGCUUUUGUAGUCGUGAUACUUUUAAAGUGGAGAAUUUUAUUCUCAAGCCAAAACCCCUUUAGUGCUCUGCUUUGUGCUUAUUUGUCGUCUGCUUUAAAAGAAAAAAGAAACAAAAACAGUAGCUACGAAUACAUGGAACAAGUGAAUGUAUUCGAGGGCUUUUUAUUUUAAUUUUUAUUUUCAUAUUGUUGCUUGAUUAGGAAGAAAAAUGCUGAAAUCUAUAUUUAAUACAGUGGGUAACCUGGAGCCACCUUCCCUUCAUGUUUACAGAUUAGAGCUGCUAUCUGUACAGUAGAGAAACGAUGCAGAGACGGUAGACAAUCUAUAGUUGGACAAGUGAGUACGGCAUCAGAUUGUAGGGGGAAAAACAAAAGCUAGCUUCAUAGUUUACACAGCUGUGAUUGAUGUACGCUGCUAAAAACAAUGUCCAUCUUAACACUGAACGUUUUUUAAUUGUCGGUAUUGGUUGUAUCUUAUAAUACUAAAUGUGUUUACACUAAUAAAAAUCUGUUUGUGUUGAAUCAAUUAAGAAAAAAAAGUGAGUUUUAAGUAAAGAAUGGGAAUAUUGUCAUGCUAGGGAACCACUUGAUCCACACUGGCUUCGUGUGUUUAGGAGGAAAAGUAGUCCAAAUAUUUUCAUGAUAUUCUGAUUGUACAUGACAAUCUGUUCGCUCCAGGUGAAAGAAAAAAUGCUGACUAUUACUAAUCAGUUGCUACAGCUUACGAUCCUACUUCUUUUUUAACUGAAAUACCCAUCUUUUUGAUAUAAUAAAAGUUUCUAUCCAUCU